CAGGAUGUUUGUUUCUCUCAAUGUUCUGGUGGCGCCCGCUGUACUUUCUGCGGCGGCCGUUGCCACAGGCGUGCCGACCAUUGCUCGUGCUGCAAGUGAUUCGCGAAGUGAUGACACGACAGUCUUCUUCGAGAAUGACGGCAACUGGACAUCUCAUGCAACCAAGCCUAGCGCCCUAUUCAUCAACACGGCCUCGAGUUAUGCUGAUGCCAAUGCGGUGUGCGCAGCACAGAAUGAGGCAUUGCUGAGCUGCGAUGAAUACGCCAAUCUUGAGAAGUUAUUCAGGUAUCAGCAAUACCUCGGCAGGAUCACUACUGAUCAGCUAUUCUGGUCAUCAUGCUCUUCCUCGUCUCCAACUUCAUGGCGCGGAGUUGUUCAGAGCAGCACGAAUUCAUCCUCUGAUCUUCCCUUUCUGUGCACCAACAGCGCCCCUCUCGUUGACACAGUAGACACGGAUUACUCUGGUUUCCCCCGUGUAAAUGUCACUUACAACGGUACGACUUUCGAGGGCAUGAGAGACCACAUGGCAUUUCGCUUCGCUGGCAUUCGCUUUGCUCAGCCCCCGACGGCGGAUCUACGAUUCCAACCUGCGCAGCCGUGGAAUCAUACUAUCUCGUAUGUGAACGCCACGAGUUACGGACCGGCCUGUUUGCAGUUUGGUUACUUCGAUGGCAACUCGUAUGGUCUGAACCCCUGGGGAAAUAGUGAAGACUGUCUGUUUCUCAACAUCUGGACGCCACAUAUCCCAUCAGCCGACUCCUUGGAUCCUGACAACGGGAAGCCCGUGAUGGUUUGGAUCUAUGGUGGCGGGGAUACCCAAGGCUCGGCCGCUGACUCCACUUUUGAUGGGGCUAGUCUUGCGUCUCGCUCGGACGUCGUGGUUGUCUCGUUUAACUACCGCCUCAACAUAUUCGGUCUUCUAGCUCUCAAUGAUGGCGAGCUCAACGGCAACUAUAUGAUGACGGAUAAGAUUCAAGCGUUACGCUGGGUAAAGCAGAACAUCGCUGCAUUCGGGGGCAAUCCGAAAAACGUGACAAUCUUUGGGCAAUCCGCCGGUGGAUCAUCAGUCAAUGAUCUGAUUACAUGUCCUGCAACUAUAGGCGAAGACCUCUUUCAAAAUGGUAUCGUCCAGUCCGGAAAGUCGAAUGUCGCUACUGCCGAAGUCGCCGCAGCUUACGCCCUACCCUAUAUUGAGAGAUUCUGUAACGGCACAGCCACGCAGCGGGCUUCCUGCCUGCGGUCAUUACCCGCAGAGACCCUGCUUGAUAUCAGCAACAACAGUAUCAGUUGGUAUACUGUCAUUGACGGUCACUACUCAGCCGACUACACUCAAGCUCGAUAUGCACUCGGAGCACAGUACAUCAACUCAGUCAACGUCCUAACGGGUAACAUGCUCGAGGAAUACCAGUCCCUCGCAACCACAACUCUCUGGCCUAGCAUGAGCAACUUCAGCGAGGCAUUAGAGAUCCUCAUCAACGACGCCGCUAUCAACGAAGCCCAAGCAGAAGCGGCCCUCAACUCAGGACUCUACACAAUCACCAACAACACGGUCUACAACGGUAGCACAACCUACACCUCGGUCUACAACGCCUCAGUCCACCUAGGUACCGAAGGCCAGCUAUACUGCGAUGGCACACUCCUGCAAUGGAUCGCAGCCGCCUCCUGGGCCUUCAAGUCCCACUGGUUCUACAUCCACAAUCGAGGCUACGCACUCAGCUACUAUGACUUUUACGACCUGUGUACCUUCCCCGUAGGAAAGCCAGAUACUCCAUACUACCGCUGCCAUAGCAGCGAUCUGUACGAGGUCUUCGGCACAUACUAUAUCUUUGAUCAGCCCGUGCGAGUGCCCGACGACAUCUACUACACCAACGCGAUCCAUGAUAUGUGGGGUGCUUUUGCCCGGACUGGGAACCCGAAUGUCGAUCCGGCGUACUUGAAGGCGCGAUCGUAUGAUUCGACGAUUGACUUCUUCUUUGGCUUCGAGUGGCCGCAGUUUACGGUGAACAGUCCAAGGGUUGCGUCGUUGCAGUACCCGGGGCCGCAGGUGUCUGAGCUGCCGUAUCAGGAGCAUUGUGAGGUGCUGUUGCCGUAUGUGACGAAUCCGAGUGCUCCUAAUGCGACUGCACAUGUAUUGAAUAACUUGCGAGGAUCAGCUGACUGUGGCUGGUCGGUUGAUUGUUAUAAUCAUCACCACCCAUUCCAUCCAAAUAUGGAUAUCUUCACACGUGCCCAAACGAGCUUUCUCUCCUGGAAACAUGGAACACCACUCCCAUCUGGGGCCGGCGCCUCCCCAAAGUUCCAGUCCUGGCAUACUUUUGACCCUGUCCAAAGUUGGAUUGCCACUCGCUCCGACAUCGAUACAAGUACACCGGCAGACCCAACUGGGGGUGCCGAUACCUCAAGGCUUGUCCUGCUGACAUGGAAUAUUGAUGGAACGUCUCCUCAGACUGAGAAACGCGUUACAGAAAUAAUCACGCGUAUCAUCGGGUUAGAUCCCCGACCGGAUAUCAUUUUCUUCCAAGAAGUGUCAAAGCCAGCCCUCCAGCAAAUUUUGAAAGACGAGCGGGUUCGCGAGCUCUGGCUUUCGAGUGAAUGUGACGACACAUCCUGGGGCGAUCAAUCGUUUGCGGUAAUGACCUUACUGUCUAAGGCACGCUUCACGACGAACACCGCCAUAGGACCAAUUUGGAGGGUGAAAUUCCCGAGUCACUUUGCUAGGGAUGCUCUCUGCUGUGAUAUAUUCGUCGCUUCAUCUAAGGAACCCAGUCCAACACGGUUGCGUCUAGUAAAUGUUCACCUAGACUCUUUGCCAAUCAAACCUUCCCACCGACCCAAGCAGGUAUCUAUUGUUGCAUCCCUCCUUCGCGUCGCAGGUCAAGGUCUAGUCGCAGGUGACUUCAAUCCUGUCCUCGAUGAGGACAACAGUCUUCUAGAAAAGAAUGGCUUGGUGGAUGCUUGGACAGCUCUUCGGCCCGGAGAACCUGGCUUAACUUGGGGCCUAGAUGGCAAGCAACCAUUCCUUCCCAAUCGGCUUGAUAAAAUAGGUAUACUCGGGCUGCGACCGCAUGACAUUAAGACAAUAGAGCCGAAACCGAUAAGCGGAUCUUCUGACGAUGAACCCUUAUGGACUGAUCAUCAUGCUUUGGUCUGUUCCUUUGGCUUGGUGGAUGAGUGAUCAUCAAUAUUUUGGUCGCUUCGGUUGUGGAAGAAUAAGCGAUUCAAACAAUAGUUGAAAGUUAUCAUAGCUAAUAAGAGAAAUAAACUAAUAAGAUAGCUAUAAAUGGAUAAAAGAUGCAAUGAAAUGCAAAUUGCUAGAUCUCUACUUGAUUCUUUUUG